UAAAGAAAUUAAACUCACAGAAAAAGAGGAGAAAGACAGACUUCUGACAGAAAAUACACAAACACUGCAGAAGAAGGACAAGAUACUGGAAGAGAAGGAGAAACAGCACAAACAGACAAGAGCUGAACUGGACAAAACAAUUAAGGCGUUAGAAGACAGUCAGCAACACGUGGAGGAGAAAAACACACAACUAGAGAAUCUGAACAAACUGCUGAUGGAGAAAGAAACACAGCUGAAGAACACAGAUAAAGAGCUGGAAACCAGUACAAAUAAACUGGACACACUGGGACAGGAGCUGCAGGACAAGCAGAGACAACUGGUGAGUGUGGUGAAAGUACUGGAAACCAGUACAAAUAAACUGGACACACUGGGACAGGAGCUGCAGGACAAGCAGACACAACUACAGGACACGAUGAUCAUAGUGGAGCAACAGAAAUCUGAGUUAGCAGAAAACAAACAACAGCUUGAAGAGAAAGACAGACUUCUAACUGAGAGAGUGACACAGCUAAUGGGAAGAGACAAAGAGCUUCAGGAGAAAGACAGACUUCUGACAGAAAAUACACAAACACUUCAGAAGAAGGACAAGACACUGGAAGAGAAGGAGAAACAGCUCAAACAGACAAGAGCUGAACUGGACAAAACAAUUAAGGCGUUAGAAGACAGUCAGCGACACGUGGAGGAGAAAAACACACAACUAGAGAAUCUGAACAAACUGCUGAAGGAGAAAGAAACACAGCUGAAGAACACAGAUAAAGAGCUGGAAACCAGUACAAAUAAACUGGACACACUGGGACAGGAGCUGCAGGACAAGCAGAGACAACUACAGGACACAAUGAUUGUAGUGGAGCAACAGAAAUCUGAGUUAGCAGAAAAAAUCCAACAGCUCAAAGAAAAAGAGAGACUUCUAACUGAGAGAGAGACACAGCUAAUGGAAAGAGACAAAGAGCUUCAGGAGAAAGACAGACUUCUAGAGGAGAAAACAAAGCAGCUGCAGGAACAGACAGAUCCAGAAUCAUCAGCUUUUAUCAGGAGAAGAAACAGCAAGGACUGGUUACCUCCAAAUAGUGAGUAAUAUGUCAAAUUAUACAAUUAUAAAAUAUAAAAUUAUACAAGAGCUUCAGGAGAAAGACAGACUUCUGGCACCAAUCAGGAGAAGAAACAGUAUGGAAGCAUAUCGUCCAACAAGUGAGUGAUUAAUGAUUGUUGUGUGUUUAAUGUGAAAUUCAACAGUAGUUUGAGGUAAAAGAGAUGAAUAUAAAGAGAGGCAGCAGACAGAUUUAGGCACUAGAUUUAUAAUUUGAUUACAGUCA